UCCCAAUGAAAUGCCCGGUGACGAAGCCUCGUGCACCCACGGUCACCAAGUUUUCGUUGCGUGCUUGAUUCUGCUCGCACCGCUGUUUCUGUUCGGCUUCGCGGCGCUCCUGUGGGCGCUGGUGCGCGCCAUCGUGGGCACUUCGUCCGAGCCGGGCCCUGAGGUCCCGCUUUUCUGCUGCCCCGAAGCUAUCGGAACGAUAAUCAUGCUGUCCAACCUGACGGUGGACCCCUGCAACAACUUCAUCGGCUACGCCUGCUACAAGAAGAACAAGGUGGACCGCCAGGCGAUCGUGGAGCGCGCGCUAGCCUCGUCCGUGCUUCACCCGACUCUUCAGGGCAAACUGCGCUCGCCCGUCAGCGACAUCCUCAGGAUGCACCACAAGAGCUGCCUUGCCUCCGCCGUCGGCAAUCUGUUCACCGCGGAGCACGCGGUGAAAGCCGUCGUCGACCUGUUUCGGCGCUGGUCGGGAACGAUCUCGCCGCACGCCGUGGACCUGAUCAAAGUCGUCGGUCUGCUACACUUCCGGUACUACAUCUUCAGCGUCUUCAGAACUGACAGCGUACGGUGGCACGAAAGGAACGAAACGCUGUUCGUCAUCGCCGCUCUAGCCGCGCCACACAUACUGGCUGCCGGCACUUCCUAUCCCACAGAGUUCACGGAAGUCAUGUUCGACACCGCGAACAGUUAUACGGGUCUUAACGUUACUCGCGCCGCCUUGACGGCUUUGGUUGCGCGAUUGCAAGCCGCACGCAAUGUUUUCGACGAGAAUGUCUACGCGGGCAAGUUUUCCUUCCUGGACGAAACGUUUCCCAACGCAGACAUGUCCUCGUGGAAGGUAAUUCUGAGGACCUUCCCACUGAUUGGCCUGGAGGAUCCCUCCAAUAUCGUGGGCAUCGUAGAAGUGCUCGUCGACAAGGACGCCACCGUCCAGGCAUCGGCGCUCGUCUACUUUUCUGUCCAUACGGCGUGGUCCAUGUUUGCCCGAGAAAUCACAAAUAUGAAGGUCGCCGCUAGCCUAGUGGCCCGGGCGGCUUUCUGCGGUGAGGAGAUCGUGAAACUGUUUCCACUCUGGGACGUGUUGUUGACGCAGCAGAUGACCAGUCCCGACCGAGACGCUGUCGUGCUGCAGUUAUUCCACAGAGUCGCCGAUGCCGUGCUUGCGGACGCUCAAGUCACCUUCUCCGCAUACCUAAACUCGAGCGAGGUUCGCAGGGUGGUGCGAGGCGUUCGCGUCGUAUUGGCCGUGGACAUGACAGCACCGUACUCGCACCACCUGCCCGACGCGAGCGAUAACUACUUCGAAAACGUGCUGGAAUUCCGCGAUUUCCAUUUCCAGGUGAGACGCAUCAACGCGGCGCGGGGCCUCUCAGGGCUGCACAGGCUCCGACAUAACUUGUUCCAGGCGUUUGUCAGCAGAGCGGGCAGUCAUAUCGUCCUCUCGGCCGGCGUCUAUACGCUCCUCAACUUCAACGCCACCCGCGGUGGCAACCGCACCCGAGUCAACGGCGCAGCUGUGAACAACGCCGCUGUGCUCGGCGUCCUGCUCGCCGACGCUCUCUGGGACGCGCUGAUCGACAGAAAGAACUGGGAUUUCAAGACUGGUGAAAAACUGUUCUUUCAGGCGUACUGUAUGAGAGACAUCCUCGGACGCGACCUGGCCCCCGAUCUGAAGCACGCUCUGCUGUCGCUGCAAUCCACGGCCCGCGCCGUUGCUGCUCCGGGUUGGCACCGGAGGGCGCUGGCGUUCGGCUACUACCACCUUUCGGCUAGUCAAGUAUUCUUCAUGUUUUUUGUCCUGCACCACUCGUGCCAGACUCUCGACUACGACGAUGAAGGGCUGAGCCUGUCGGAGUCCAUUCGGCACAUCGGAGAGUUCUGCGAUGCCUUUGGUUGCGCGUCGCAGCCGCAGAUCGACUGGGCCACUGUCUGUGAAGAGCCUUCUGAAGACGGACGCACUGGGUUUCAGUCCCACCUGUCACGGAAGCGUGGCGCGAAAGCUGUGCAUUAGCCGGGGUGCACGCAUAAUUUCAUUUGCUAGUAGCGAGAUGCCAAGGGAUACAAAAGAAAGAGAACUAACGUUUGUUUUAAUGUUUCGAGUUGUCGCGCACCCUAUUUUUCUUCAUCGAUACCUCGUGAAAUGCUUUCGUAGGUAUUGGCGCUUUUCAAGUUUGUACUGUGGAAGUAACUUGAACUCAGACAGCAGUUAGGAUCUCAAAGUGCUCCUUAUCUGUCACGUUAUUUAGCUGCUUUGUUCUUGUGCGCCUGCUGUGUCGAACACGUACACUGCUACUUGAAUCCGGUGAACGCGCGCGACAUUGUUCUCUUUGAUUUUAGAUUUUCUAAUGAGCUAUUUUUGCCACUUUGGUUUUGCAUUGAUUCAGUUAUUUCCUGCCAGUUUCGGGAACCUCAGUGUUUUAGAAUGACGACUUGAGUGGUGUUUUACUAUGGACGUAGUACUUGUGAGCUGCCGUUUCAUGAAUGUUGAACCAAGAUGCGACAUCCUCUUAUGCUUGCCCUAGGGGAUAGAGUUAUGCCUCGUUGAAUCACCUGUUAUGCAACUGCUUGAUAGCCUGUGAAUUGUGCUGCAUGUAUCCAUAGUUAUUCUUGAAGGGUGUGUCGUUUAGUAUGUUGCCAUUCCCAGUCGUUUUAACUUCUUUUAUUGCAAACAUUGUUUAAUAUCCAGACCACGACCUGGCCUGUUUAAUGUCCAGACCACGACCUGGCCUGUGCGUGUGAUGUUUUAAAUUCCAUUCUUAUUUUAAUUCUU